GUGUCCUGUGGUCAUCUUACUUAAGUUUGCACCAUAACCCUGCCUACCCUGUGCUCCUCUUAGAGCAAACUGGGAAGGAAGUUCACCUUCCUGAAUUAGCAGGUGUCUGUUUCACUUUUGGAUACAGACCAGGGUUACCGUGGUGCUUCACUUGAGAGAUAAGAGCUCAGCCCUGAGGAGGGUGAUCAACUACUACAUCUCCCAGGUGACCCACUCCUAUUGUGGUAUCACAUGGACUCCAUUGGGCCUGCUGGAUUGCAGCCUGGGGAAAGAGCCCUGGGCUGCCCCCAGGAGGGGUUGCCCCUGCCCUCAGACAGCUCAGAGCUGGUGCAGGAGUGUCUACAGCAAUUCAAGGUGACAAGGACACAGCUGCAGCAGAUCCAAGCCAGCCUCCUGGACUCCAUGGAGCAGGCACUGAAGGGACAGGCCAGCCCUGCUUCUACUGUCCGGAUGUUGCCCACAUAUGUGGGGUCCACCCCACAUGGCACUGAACAAGGAAACUUCCUGGUGCUAGAGCUAGGGGCCACAGGAGCCUCACUACGUGUCUUAUGGGUAACUCUGACGGGCAUCAAGGGGCAUAGGGUGGAGCCUAGGAGCCAGGAGUUCGUGAUUCCUGAAGAGGUGGUACUGGGCACUGGCCAGCAGCUCUUUGACUUUGCGGCCUGCUGCUUGUCUGAGUUCCUGGAUGCACACCCCGUAGAAAAUCAGGGCCUGCAGCUUGGUUUCAGCUUCUCCUUCCCUUGCCAUCAAACAGGCCUGGACAGGAGCAUCCUCAUUUCCUGGACCAAAGGUUUUCGGUGCAGUGGUGUAGAAGGCCAGGAUGUGGUCCAGUUGCUGAGAGAUGCCAUUCAGAGGCAGGGGGCCUACAACAUUGAUGUGGUUGCUGUGGUGAAUGACACAGUGGGCACCAUGAUGGGCUGUGAGCCAGGCACCGGGCCAUGUGAGAUUGGGUUAAUUGUAGACACUGGCACCAAUGCAUGUUACAUGGAGGAGGCGAGGCAUGUGGCAGCAUUAGAUGAGGACCGAGGCCGCACCUGUGUCAGCAUCGAAUGGGGAUCCUUCGACAAUGACAGAGUCCUGGGACCAGUGAUGACCACCUUCGACCAUGCCUUGGAUCAGGAGUCCCUGAAUCCUGGUGCCCAGAGGUUUGAGAAGAUGAUUGGGGGCUUAUACCUGGGUGAGCUGGUGCGACUGGUGCUGGCCCACUUGGCCCGGCGUGGCGUCCUCUUUGGUGGCUGUACCUCUCCUGCUUUGUUGAGCCAAGGCAGCAUCCGCCUAGAGUAUGUGGCUAUGAUGGAGAGCCCCUCCACUGGGGCAGCCCAUGUCCACACAAUCCUGCAGGACUUGGGCCUGAGCCUGGAGGCUUCAGAUGCUGAGCUUGUGCAGCGUGUGUGUGCGGUUGUGUGCACGAGGGCUGCCCAGCUUUGUGCGGCGGCCCUGGCUGCAGUCCUGACCCGUCUACAGCACAGCCGGGAGCAGCAGACGCUCCAGGUUGCUGUGGCCACUGGAGGCCAAGUGUUUGAGCGGCACCCCAGGUUCCACAGCGUUUUGCAGGAGACAGUGAUGCUCUUGGUCCCGGAAUGUGAUGUCUCCUUUAUCCCCUCUGUGGAUGGAGGUGGCCGGGGCGUGGCCAUGGUGACAGCCGUGGCUGCUCGCUUGGCUGCCCACCGGCGCCUGCUGGAGGAGACCCUGGCACCUUUCCAGUUAAACACCAAGCAGCUGGAAGCGGUGCAAGUGCAGAUGCGGGAGGCCAUGGCCAAGGGACUCCGAGGGGAGGCCUCCUCCCUCCGUAUGCUACCCACUUACGUACGGGCAACACCUGAUGGCAGUGAGCGAGGAGACUUUCUGGCAUUGGACCUGGGGGGCACCAACUUCCGGGUCCUCCUGGUACGAUUGACAGAGGGAGGUGUGCAGAUCAUCAACCAGGUUUAUUCCAUCCCUGAGUGUGUGGCCCAGGGCUCUGGGCAACAGCUUUUUGACCAUAUCGUGGACUGCAUCGUGGACUUCCAGCAGAGGCAGGGCCUGAGUGGACAGAGCCUCCCCCUGGGUUUCACCUUCUCCUUCCCAUGCAAGCAGGUUGGCCUGGACCAGGGUAUCCUUCUGAGUUGGACUAAGGGUUUCAAUGCAUCAGACUGUGAGGGCCAUGAUGUUGUACAUCUGCUGCGGGAAGCCAUCAAGCGCAGACAGGCAGUGGAGCUGAAUGUUGUUGCCAUUGUCAAUGACACGGUGGGGACCAUGAUGUCCUGUGGCUAUGAGGAUCCCCGUUGCGAGAUGGGCCUCAUUGUUGGAACUGGAACCAAUGCCUGCUACAUGGAAGAGCUCCAGAACGUGAUGGACGUGGCCGGGGAAUCAGGCCAAAUGUGCAUCAACAUGGAGUGGGGUGCCUUUGGGGAUGAUGGCUCACUGGGCAUGCUCAGCACCUGCUUUGAUACAAGUGUGGACCAGGCAUCCAUCAAUCCUGGCAAGCAGAGGUUUGAGAAGAUGAUCAGCGGCAUGUACCUGGGGGAGAUUGUCCGCCAUAUCCUCUUGCAUUUGACCAGUCUUGGAGUUCUCUUCCGGGGCCAGCAGACCCAGUGCCUUCAGACCAGGGACAUCUUCAAGACCAAGUUUCUCUCUGAGAUUGAAAGCGACAGCCUGGCUCUGCGACAGGUCCGAACCAUCCUGGAGGAUCUGGGGCUGCCCCUGACCUCAGACGAUGCCCUGAUGGUCCUAGAGGUGUGCCAGGCUGUGUCCCGGAGAGCUGCUCAACUCUGUGGGGCAGGUGUAGCUGCCGUGGUGGAGAAGAUCCGGGAGAACCGUGGCUUGGAGGAACUGACGGUCUCUGUGGGGGUGGAUGGGACCCUCUACAAGCUGCAUCCCCACUUCUCCAGCCUAGUGACAGCCACAGUACGGGAACUGGCCCCUCGCUGUAAAGUCAUCUUUUUGCAGUCGGAGGAUGGAUCUGGCAAAGGUGCAGCUUUGGUCACUGCUGUUGCUUGUCGCCUUGCUCAGAAGACCCGUGUCUGAGGAAAUCCACAGGAACCAUGGCUUUUCAGCCCCAGCCUUGCCAGACCAGGGCCUGGGUCCAGCCUGUCUCCAAGCCAGACCCAGCCACCAAGGACUCUUAGAACAGUCCAUGUAUGAUCCCUCUGUGGCCAUCUACCCACCCCAUUAGCUUUCCCCAAGAGAGGUAGCACAUGGGUUAGCAAUAUAUAUAUAUAAUUUAUUUACA